AUGUCCAAUUUACCACCAAAUCCAUAUAACAACUUCCCGGGACCGCCUCAAGUGAACGCUAAUACGGCGCCUCCGACAUUUAACCAUAAUCAACAGUUUGGUCAAGUGCCAGUGAGCCAAUUACCACCUGGAUAUGGAGGAAUAAAACAGGAUCCAAACUCGAAUAGUCCUCUACACGCACCGUCGCCCGCAGCUCAGAAUCAUGUGCUACAUAAUGUCAACAACUAUAGCCAGAGUGCUAGUAGUUCACCUGCUUUUAAUCAACCUGGGAUGAUGCCACCUCCUUUGAAACAGAAUCUGCAAUCUUCACCUAUGAGGCCACCUAUGUCUACAGCUCCCAACUCCUUACCCAAUCCGCUGCCUCCUCACAAUGUUCCAUUGUCUUCAGCUAGUCCUAGAACAGUACCCAAUGCCAAUUCUUCACCUGCACCUUAUCCUCCAAGCUAUCACCCUCCACAGCGCCAGAUUAAUGACAAUGCUCCACCUCUUAUUCCAUCUAGUCAAACCACCCAACCUCUUGUGAAUGGUCCACCUUCUUCACUCCCUCCUACUGGACCUCCACAGAGUCAGUACCCUGUAUCAUCAAGUGCUUAUAGCUCUCUUCCUGGAAGCAAGCCACUAAAUUCAGGGUAUGGCCCAGGGUUGAUGAAUACACCCUAUGCCCCUCCACCUGGACAGGUUCCAAAACCUCCUGGCUCUACAAUGCCAAGUCAACCUCCAAUUCCGUUCUCUGGUCCUCCUGUAUCUGGACCUCCGAGGAAUAGUCCUUUGGUGCCAGGACCACCAGUAAGUGGGCCACCAGGUGGAAUGCAAGGAUUUAAUGGACCACCGCCAACUCAGGGUCCUCCCAGGCAAGUGGGAAUUAAUGGCCCUAAUGUAAGUGGACCCUCUGCAAUGCCCCCUGGUCCUUCAAAACCUUUGGGACAGCCACCACCAUCGAUGGGACAACCACCAGCACCCAUGGGUCUCGUAAGUGGGCCUCCAAUGGGACCAGGAGCUCCGUCACCACAGCAAUACCCGGGACAAUAUAGGAAUGGUCCUCAAGGGCCACCAAUGGGUCCAUCUGUCCAACCAACAGGUCCUCUGGGAACAUCUACUGGACAUAUGCCUCCUCCUAACAACUUCAGUGGUCCACAAAAUCCUCCAGCUGGUUCUCAAAUGCCUCCUAUGGGGCAACAGAGCUUACCACCAAUGGGUCAUCAGAUGGGGCCCCCGCCAGGUCCUAUAGUUCAAACAGCACCUGGUCUGAAGAGCAAUAUGCAAAACAGAUAUCCGCAAAUGGCUUCAGCUCCUGGAAAUUAUCCCAAUCACCAGGCUCCUCCGAUACCAAGCUUAAGUCAACAACAAGCAAAUAUAAUGAAGCAGUUUCCACAACAACAUUUGACACAACAAAUGGGGCAACUGAGUGUGACAAAACAAGGAUUUGAUCAGCUGUGGGGUCAUCAUAUGGUAGAUCUGCUGCAGUGUAAGCAUAUAUUGCCUGAAUAUCCUGAGGACCCGCCGGAGAUCAAAUUAGCCCAUCAGUUUGCUGAUUCCAGUAACUGCAGCCCAGAAGUCUUCAGAUGUACAAUCAAUCGUAUCCCGGAGACGAACAAUCUGCUGCAGAAGUCCAGACUUCCACUUGGUAUAUUAAUUCAUCCAUUCAAAGAUCUCAAUCAUCUGCCAGUAAUCCAAUGCGCGACGAUAGUGCGGUGUCGCGCUUGCCGGACCUACAUCAACCCGUUCGUGUAUUUCGUGGACGCGAAGCGGUGGAAGUGCAAUCUGUGUUACAGGGUCAAUGACUUGCCAGAAGAGUUCCAGUACGACCCAGUGAGCAAGUCAUAUGGCGACCCGACGCGACGUCCCGAGAUCAAGUCCGCCACGAUCGAGUUCAUUGCCCCCGGAGAGUACAUGCUCAGGCCUCCACAGCCUGCUGUAUACUUGUUCCUAUUCGAUGUCUCACAGCUAGCUAGGGAAUCUGGAUAUUUGCAGGUUGCAUGCGACACAUUAAAAGCGAAUUUGGAAGCAUUGCCAGGCGAUGCGCGGACGCAGAUCGGUAUCAUCUGCUACGAUGCACAUGUACACUAUUAUCUAAUGAGCGAGGGACUCACGAGGCCCAAGGAAAUGACUGUUCUUGAUAUUGAUGACGUGUUCCUACCAUCCCCAUCGUCCCUCCUGGUGAACCUGUCGGAGCGACGUGAGUUAGUGCGUGAGUUACUGACAGUACUACCAUCUCGGUACUCUACGCCGGCCCCGCCCAGCUCUGCACUAGGCGCCGCGCUACAGGCUGCGUAUAAACUUAUGGCUCCCACCGGAGGCCGGAUAACAGUAUUCCAGACAUGUUUACCCAACGUUGGUCCUGGGGCGUUACAACCUAGAGAGGAUCCGAACGCGAGAUCAUCGAAGGAAGUAGCACACUUGAACCCGGCCACAGACUUCUACAAGCGACUGGCGCUGGACUGCAGCGGCGCGCAGAUAGCUGUCGACUUGUUCCUACUCAACUCACAGUAUGCUGACCUCGCGUCACUCAGUGGUAUGAGUAAGUUCAGUGCGGGCACGGUGUACCACAUCCCGUUGUUCCGCGCGACGCGGCACCACCAGGCGGAACAACUCAACAGAAUGCUCACUCGAUACCUCACCAGGAAGAUUGGCUUCGAAGCCGUCAUGAGGGUGCGGUGUACUAGAGGCAUAUCAAUCCACACGUUCCACGGCAACUUCUUCGUGCGGUCGACGGAUCUGUUGUCAUUGCCCAACGUGUCUCCUGACGCUGGGUUUGGCAUGCAGCUCACUAUCGAGGAGUCUCUCUCAGACUUACAACAGGUCUGCUUCCAGGCCGCCUUGUUAUAUACCAGCAGUAAAGGUGAAAGAAGAAUACGAGUUCACACACUAGCGUUGCCUACAGCCAGUAAUUUAACGGACGUACUACACGCGGCCGACACACAAUGUAUUAUAGGAUUACUUAGUAAAAUGGCGGUGGACCGGUGUAUGUCCGCGUCAAUGAGCGAGGCGCGCGAGGCCGUCAUGAACGUGGCGGUGGACGCGCUGUCCGCCUUCCGCCUCGCGCAGAACUUGCCGGCCGGGGCCAACUCCUCUGCGCUACAUGCGCCGCACUCGCUGCGGCUACUGCCGCUGUAUCUACUCGCAUUGCUGAAGAGGAAAGCGUUCCGCACGGGUACGUCGACGCGGCUAGACGACCGCGUGUGGGACAUGUGCAACGUGAAGGUGUCCCCGCUGGGCGCGCUGGUCCGCGCCGUGUACCCCGACCUGUUCCCCGUGCACCAGCUGGCGCACUACGCGCACCACGACGACGACGACGACCACGCGCCCGACCCGCCGCGUCUGCAGCUCACUGCUGAACGGAUAAACUCAACGGGUGCCUACCUCCUAGACGACGGAGAGAGUAUGAUACUGUACGUGUGCCACGGCGUGAGCCCGGCCUUCCUGUCGGAGACAUUCGGCGUGACGGCGUUCUCGCAGCUGCCCGACGAGAUGCGCAGCCUGCCGCGCGCCGCCAGCCACGGCAGCGCGCUGCUGCACGCCUUCAUCGACAAACUCAACGACGACCGCCCCUACGCCUCCGAUAUACUUAUAUUGAGGGACAACUCACCGUCACGGACGCUAUUCACGGAGCGCCUGGUGGAGGACAGAGUGGAGUCUGCGUUCUCGUACUACGAGUUCUUACAACAUGUGAAAAACCAAGUGAAGUGA